CGCUUUUAGAUCCCCAUCCCUCCUAUGAACACGAUUCGCUCGGUGGUGAUUGCUCUUAGCCGGACCUCGAUCGCUUCUGCCUCCUUCUUCUCUCGGCCCCUGCCCAGACGGUUUUCUGCAAUGCCCUCGAACAAGUCAAACGCUCCCUUCAACGGCUGGCCUGUCCAGAAGGUCCGCGAUACCUUUGUCAACUAUUUCGUCGAGAAGCACAACCAUAUCAACGUGGUUUCGUCUCGAACCAUCCCCCACGAUGACCCGACUCUGCUGUUUGCCAAUUCGGGCAUGAACCAGUUCAAGCCCAUUUUCCUCGGCACUGCCGAUCCCAACUCGGACAUGUACAAGUGGAAGCGCGCUGCUAACACCCAGAAAUGCAUCAGAGCCGGUGGCAAGCACAACGAUCUCGACGACGUCGGCAAGGAUGUGUACCAUCAUACCUUCUUUGAGAUGCUUGGAAACUGGUCGUUCGGUGACUACUUCAAGACAGAAGCCAUUGCCAUGGCCUGGGAACUGCUGACCAAGGUCUAUGGGCUGGAUAGGGACAGGCUCUAUGUCACCUACUUUGGUGGCGACAAGGCCACCGGCCUUGCCCCUGAUCUGGAGGCCAAGCAGCUCUGGCUCGACAUUGGUGUCGCUCCUGAUCACAUCAUCCCUGGCAACGCCAAGGAUAACUUCUGGGAAAUGGGCGAUCAAGGACCGUGCGGCCCGUGCAGUGAGCUCCACUACGAUCGAAUUGGCGGCCGCAACGCUGCUGAUCUCGUCAACAAGGACGAUCCCAACGUCCUGGAGAUAUGGAACUUGGUCUUUAUGCAGUUCAACCGCGAGCCCGAUCGUUCGCUCCGCCCCCUCCCCAACAAGCAUAUCGAUACUGGCAUGGGUCUUGAGCGCCUGACCUCAGUUUUGCAAAACAAGCUGUCCAACUACGACACCGAUAUCUUCUCCAACCUGUUCCUGAAGAUCCAGGAGCUCACCGGCGCCCGGCCUUAUCAGGGCAACGUUGGUGCUGACGAUGUCGAUGGCCUUGAUACUGCCUACCGUGUCGUUGCCGACCACAUUCGCACUUUGACCUUUGCCAUCAGCGACGGCGGCGUGCCCUCGAACGAAGGUCGCGGUUACGUCCUGCGCCGUAUCCUGCGUCGUGGUGCUCGCUAUGUCCGCAAGAAGUUCAACACCCCUAUUGGCCACUUUUUCCCAAGCCUGGUCGAUACUCUGGUCGCUGAUAUGGGCAAGGCUUUCCCCGAAAUCACCUACCGCAUCAAUGAUCUCAAGGAGAUCCUCGCUGAGGAGGAGCAGAGCUUUGCCAAGACCCUCGACCGCGGCGAGAAGCUUUUCGAGACCUGUGUCCAGAAAACCAAGAGCAACAAGAGCACCAUCAUCAACGGUGCCGAUGUCUGGCGCCUGUACGAUACCUAUGGCUUCCCUGUCGACCUCACUCGCCUGAUGGCCGAAGAAAUCGGCUUUAGCAUCAACGAGAAUGAAUUCCUGGACGAACAGAGCAAGGCCAAGGAGCGCUCCAAGGCCUCAAAGUCCAGCGACAAGGGUGCUGCUGUUGCCUUCGACGUCCACGCCCUCGGAGAGCUCGAGAAGAAGCUCAAGGUUCCCAAGACCGACGACUCGUUCAAAUACGAGCUCGGCAACGUCACCGGCCGCAUCAAGGCCAUCUACGCCGAGAACAAGUUCGUCAAGGCCAUUGACUCGGAAUCGUUCGAUGCUGGUUUUGGCAUUGUUCUAGACAGGACCAACUUCUACGCCGAGUCUGGUGGUCAACAGGGCGACAUUGGCUCUCUGACGGUCGAUGGCAAGUUUGAGUUUGCCGUCGAGGACUGCCAGGUGUUUGGUGGCUAUGUUCUCCAUGUCGGCUACCUCAAGUAUGGCAGUGUCAAGGUCGAUGACGAGGUGCUCGCCAGCUAUGACGAGCUCCGCCGAUGGCCAACCCGCAACAACCAUACUGGAACCCAUAUCCUGAACUUUGCCCUGAAAGAGGUGCUUGGCGACGGCAUCGAUCAGAAGGGCUCGCUGGUUUCGCAUGAGAAGCUCCGCUUCGACUUUUCUCACAAGUCCGCCAUCAACAACGAGCAGCUGGAUCGUAUCGAGACCAUCUGCAACGAGUUCAUCAAGAGGAAUCAGACCGUGUAUGUCAAGGAGGUCCCCCUGAGCAUUGCCAAGUCCAUCAACGGUCUGCGUGCCGUUUUUGGAGAGGUCUAUCCCGACCCCGUCCGUGUUGUCUCUGUCGGAUUCAGCAUCGACGACAUCAUUGCUGACUCCACGCACCCGCGAUGGGCUACCACUUCGAUCGAGUUCUGUGGUGGAACUCACGUUGCCAAGACCUCGGACAUCAAGCGCUUUGCCGUCCUCGAAGAGACCAGUAUCGCCAAGGGUAUCCGCCGUAUCGUUGCCGUCACCGGCGAGGAUGCUUACCAGGUCCAUCGGCUCGCCGACCAGUAUGACAAGCGCGUCCAGGAGCUCAAGGAGUUCUCUGGCCUCUCGCUCGAAACGGCUUUGAAGACCCUCGGCAAGGAGCUGGAUGAGAUUGUCAUCCCUGUCCUGCGUCGCAACUACCUCAAGACCGAGUUCAACGCCAUCAAGGCCAAGUUCGAUGAGGCCGACAAGGCCCGCAAGGCCCGCGAGUCGAAGGAGUCUAUCGAUCGGGUCAAGGAGUUCUUUGAGAAGAACCCCGACGAGUCGUUCAUUGUCCAGGUUCUCCCGGUCGGUGGCAACACCAAGGCUCUGUCGCAGGCCAUCGCCCACGUCAAGGGUCUUGGCAACAAGGCUGCCCUUCUGAUCGCUGUCGAUGGCGACUCGGGCAAGGUCUCACACCAGUGUGUUGUUGGAAAGCCGCUGAUCGCCAAGGGCCUGAAGGCCAUUGAGUGGUGCAGUGUCGUCAGCGACCAGGUUGGCGGCAAGCGCGGCGGCAAGGACGACUCUGCCCAAGGCGCCGGCACCGACGCCAGCAAGGUUGAUGCUGCUGUCGAGUUGGCCAUCGAGUUUGCCAAGAAGCUCAACCUGUAAGGCCUUUGUGCAUGGUGUUUUUCAUGCGGUGCUCGUACACUUUAUUCAGAAAGCAACGGGACAAUACAGCCGUUUCCAUGAA